UCAACACUCUUUGUAGCAGUUGUUUUGUAGGUGCCUUCUGGGAAGAUAACUUAGAAAAUGUCUCGCGUUUUGGUUGGUGUUAAGCGUGUGGUUGAUUAUGCCGUUAAGGUGCGCGUCAAUCCAGAAAAAACUGGCGUUGUCACCCAAGGUGUUAAACACUCUAUGAAUCCUUUCGAUGAAAUCGCCAUCGAGGAGGCUGUUAAAAUGAAGGAAAAGAAGUUGGCCAACGAAGUAGUUGCUGUAUCAAUUGGACCCACUCAAUCGCAAGAAGUCAUUCGUACAGCUUUGGCAAUGGGCGCUGAUCGUGGCAUUCACGUCGAGAUUACCGGCAAGGAUUAUGAUUUGUUGCAACCUAUUCACGUUUCCAAGAUUCUAGCUAAGUUGGCUUUGGACGAGAAAGCUGAUUUGGUUAUUUUGGGCAAACAAGCCAUCGAUGACGAUUGCAAUCAAACUGCCCAAAUGACCGCGGCUGUUCUUGACUGGCCUCAGGGCACUUUCUGUAACAAAAUUGAAAAAACUGGUGAUGGUUUGACAAUUGUCCGCGAAAUUGAUGGCGGUCUUGAGACAAUUAAGACCAAAACUCCCGCAGUUUUAAGUGCAGAUUUGCGUUUGAACACCCCACGUUAUGCCACUCUACCCAAUAUCAUGAAGGCCAAGAAGAAGCCCUUAAAAAAGGUAUCCGCUGGGGACUUGGGUGUUGAUAUUACACCACGCAUUGAAGUCAUUUCCGUAGAGGAUCCUCCAGUCCGCAAGGCUGGCGCUGUCGUGCCCGAUGUUGAUACAUUGGUCAGUAAGCUCAAGGAAGGCGGCCAUUGUUAAUCAAGGUUUUGUGUUCUCUUGAACAAAGAUGAAUUUUGAAAAAUGUGCAUUUAUAUAAGUUUUAAAAACUCCCCUCCACUAUUAUGUAUGUAGUAAAAAUUACUUAUUUUGUUUGUAUCCAUUAAUUGGCUUUAUUAUAGAAAAUAGAACAACCAUUAUGUUAUAAACAAAUUUACUUUUUUAUUAUUGCUUUAAUUGAUUUAAUAAACUCCUAUUGUAAAUUGUA